ACUUGAACGACCUGUUCCAUUUGUGAGGAAUCACAUUUCUAGUUGCUUUCAUACGGUUGGCAAAAUACGACCGCUGCGGUUCUUGAUCGUAAUGCCGGUAAAACGAGGUUUGGUGGCUCCACAAAAUAUCUUUAUUCAAACUAUCAUAAAGAAAUUCGACGGAUCGCGUAGGUCUUAAUUUCAGCUGUGAAUGUUAAUCGACUUUGUGUAAUUUUAUGGAUGCGUUGAGUGUUAGAUUUUUUCCUGAUGAUGUUUAUUUGUUCAAAAUUUAUGUAGCGGAUCGAAACUUUGUACUGGGAAAUGCUCAAGUCGCUGAUCUUCCUAUAAUUUACUGCAACGAUGGAUUUUGUGAGCUUACGGGCUAUAGUAGGGCAGAAUUGGUCCAACGACAUUGCAGCUGUGACUUUCUUUGUGGCGAGAAAACAGAUACGCUUGCUGCCAAAGAGGUAAAGGAUGCACUCCAAGGGCAGGACGAAAGACACGUGGAAAUUCUCUAUUACAGAAAAGACGGUAAGGUCACAAGUGUAGCAACUAAGGUUUUUUAAUACAGACAUAAUGGCCUACAACGCAGCUUGUGUAGGAAAAAUCACUGCGACCGGCUGAGCAUGAAAGACGUAACAAGAUUUCGCGCGCGGCAGAGAGACAAAUUUAUAUUUAUUUUCGUUCUGUUCAACUCUUAAUUAGGGAUGGGAAUCUUAGCAGAAGUAGUGGUAAUACAACAUUGGUUUUGAUAGUAAAGAGUACAAUAAAUAUUUUAUGACGUGCCGGCAAAACUCGGAUAUAAUAGCUUUAUAAAAAGGGGAAAACACCCGCUGCGAUUUGACAAAUUUUCUAUCUGAUCCUAAUACAUUUAGCGGUACCUGACAUAACUCAAAUAAUUUUAUCGUAAUAGUAUGAGGGGUUCUCGUUUGUUGACUUAGUUGUUAGAUUGGCUGGCGUCUCCCUCUAAGAGUUCGCACAUUGUUUGACGUCUAAACAAUUUAUGGCAGUUCGGUUUGUUUGGAGCGAUCGGGGUUUAUUCUCGUUAGCCAUUAGUACAGAACAUGAGUGCGAUAAAUAGCUAGAGGAGAUGAAGCAUGCCGUUUUUUCCUUCUUUUAUCCUGGAGAAAGAAACUGUAACUUAACUUUGAUUAUAUGUGCAAAAAAACGUAUUAAUGUUUUCUGUUUUUUGAAAUGUUCUUGAAUGGAAACCAAUUUUGUUCGAUGUGCAGCUUGUGACGCCCUUGGGCGUAAAAUGUCAAACAUUUAUAUCCAGCGCGCGCCUAUUUUACGAUCCAUUGUGUUUCUUACGGUUAUUCUUUUAGGAUGAAUGAAUACAGGCUUAAUUAAGCAUAACUGCGAUUCAUUAAACUUGGCCACUUCAUAAGGACAUAGCAGUUACAUCAAAACAAAAGCUUGCACUAUUCAGCUGAAAAAAACAGAUCGGCAGACUGAGUUAUGUAAGCUGCAGUUGACGAGAAUUAAUAAAACUGAUUACAGCUUCCUUAUCAACUCCCUCCAGCCCUUUACUUGGGCCUUUGUUUAUCUCAUCUUAACGGUUUCAAUAAUUUCCUCUUUGUGAUUAAGACCCAAAUUAAACCUUCUGGCAGUGGUCCAAAACUGUUCGAACUCUUAAAUCCCCUUACCAUAUACACUCAUCUCAAAAGGUGCACAUUUUUCUGAGUUUACCCCAGAAAGCGUGCAAUGUAAUUAUGAAAUAUCUUCACCCCAUGUCUACCAGCUAGUCUAAUUUACUGAUGCUGUGAAAGGAAAAAUUGUAAUCAACUUCUGAGAGAGGGGUAAAUUGAGAAUUGUUUUCUUUUUACAAUUUUUUAUAAUUUUUGUGACUGGUCUGCUUUACAAUUUUCACUGACUUCUGCAGUACAGCUAUCAUUAAUCAGUUAUUUCUUGGUACAGUAUUAAGAAGAAAAACAAUUUUAAAAAUUUGCUAUGCAGGGGCAGUUUUAAGGCACAGAUCCAGAGUUAGAAUAUGAUUGUUUGCCAAAGAUAAAAACACAAGCACCUUAUGUGCGAGUUUCUAGCUUGAAGGAUCUGCAUAAGGAUAUGCGCUGUCAAACCUUUUCUUAUUAAAACAAAAUAUUAUUAAACUUUGCCAAAACUAUUCUGGAAACAGGUCUGAAUAUUCAUCCUUGUAUUCCGCAAGCCUAGUCUGUCAUUGUCGCCAUUUGCAACAUCCAGACCGCCAAUUUGCAAUCUUUUAUCAGGAAACAACUGAAUAAACAAGUGAUUAAUAUUUAUUUUUGAGAAAAUAUGUGAUGCAUGAAAUAGAAAGCUCACUUAGAAAGGAAAAAGCUGAAAUUGUCACAAAUUUCUUUGCCAAAAAAUUCACUUCAAGUUUCAAGCACAAAAGGAAAGAAGUACACACUCUGUAACUAGCUGUUUUUAAAUACUGAACUGAUUUCUCACAUUGAAAUGAGGUUGCUUGCAUGUGUGACCAGAGGUUCGUCUUGGGAACUUUAUCAAACUGUUUGCAUAGUUAUCACAGACCUCCUAUAAAUUUGCUAAUAAUAUGAAAACUGCUUGAUGAGUUUUUUUAAUGGGUCUCUCUCAAGAGUCAUUGUCUUAUGUGGCCUCCACGUUUUGGAGCUUUUAAGUCUGGGAGGGAUAUUUUAAUUUUUAGGAUAUGUCAAGUUUUUGUCAGUUUCUACGAAUGAUUAUAUAAUUAUAAUCAUUCAUGGGUAUGGAGUAAUAAACUACCGGUAAUUACCUACUGUCUGAAAAGCUGGGGUGGAUUGGAUUGUAACAGGAGAGAAAGGCUGAUAAUCCCGUCAAGGGAAUAUUACAGUAAUACUCCUGGUCAGGGCACAAAGAGUUGAGGUCUUGGUGUUCCAGGGGGGGAAGGGGGCAGCCAAUAUUUUUGGAAGAGCCUAUCUGUGCUCAGUAGGUCAAAGGCGUUAGUGAGGUUUGUGAAUAAGAUGUAAAGUGGCUGUUUCUAUUCCCUGUAGUUUUCCGGUGGUUUUUGGAGGGAAAAUGUCCUGUUAAUAACAAAUAUUCAGUUGCUGGUUUUAUGGUAUGAGAGUGUAACUUAAACCCCAAUCUCCACAUACAGCAAAUUCUCCAAACUGAUGUCUAUAUAUUGCCUUAAAGAAUUAGCUGAGAGAAAUUAUUUGAUAAAAUAUCGAAGCAUUUUCACUUUGGUUAUCAUCUUGUUAAUUCUCAUAACUAACUAAUAAUAACUAAUAAUUCUCUUGACAGUCUAUAUGGAUACGGGGACGGUGGAGUGUAUUUUGUAUUGGGGGGGUUCACAAGCAAGCGCCAGAGAUGCUAACUUGUAGGGGGUUCUGGGGUAAUUCUCCGCCAGAAAAUUUUGAAAUCUUGAAGCUCGGAAAUGCUACUUUCAGCAUUCUCGACAAAGUAAAAUGACAGAUGUUUUACUUCUUAUUUGUUACUUGAUACAUAUAUAGCUUAAUAUAUCCCAGCCUUACAUAUAUUCCGGCCUUAGUGUGUACACUAAAUUGUUUUAUUACAAAUGUUCAACUUGUGUAGCAAGAGGGAGAAUGAAUCACUUGUGUUACAUUAAGAUGCUAAUCUCAACAGUAUAUGACAAAUUUCAACUAUAAAACAAAUUGCAAACUUUUGACAAAUCGGAGAGUGAAGGGCCAAUGCAAAAUCGCCUGCGAGAAAGGGUGAUAGGAUUUUCCUAACUCGCGCGUAGUCGUCUCUCGUUUUUAUUUACAAGCUGAAUCGUGCGAAUACUAAGGGAAAAGAACAAGUUGAGAGGCUGAAGUCAAUUUCCUUGAACAAUGCAUGUACAGUAACAUCAAGGGAAAACAACAAGUUCAAUGGCUGAAGUCAGCAGUAGUAAAUUUGGCGAAAAUCCUUUCACGAUUUUUGUUCAGGGAUACAAAAGAAUUUGCCACAGAAACUAAACAAAGCUUAUCCAAUGUAUCUUUACAUGUGUUCAAAAUCGUGAGAUGGUUGAAACGUGCUUGCUACAUUCUUAAUGGAAGCCCUAUCUUGAUUCAUGUGAAGUGUCGAGAAGGACUUUUCCCCUGUUGCACUUGUUGCAGGAUUGAUGUGAACCAACUUGCAAACAACAAUGACGUUGUUGAUCAACUGUCGCUCAACUGUCUUUAGAUCUUGGGCUUUACUCAAAAUGUCCUGAAAGCAGCAUAAAGGGACUCCAAAGUGAGCACUUGAAAUGUACUUAAUUGAGCAGCAAGGGUGGUUACAUCCAUGUCGCUGCUGAACUUUGAUGGCAAAUUGUCUACCUCUUUGGAAGUAUCUUCUCCAUUGGCUGUUUUUGUUUAUUUUUAAAUUUUUAUUUUUUGCUUGAGAUUUGGGGGGGCUAAAGCCCCCCCGCCUCUGUCGUCCUUGGGAUAUUGUUAAAAGAAAAUUGAUGUUGGUCAGUACUGGGACUUGAAGGGUCAAGAGAUUUUGAUCAAAAGCAGCUGAAUGGAUAGUUCUGUGAGUCAUUUACAGCUGUACAUUAUAUCCCUGUCAAAUUUUUGCUCCAGUGAUUAGAGUCUCUGUGCAGCUAGGGUAAAGCCCAGAAUAGUUGGAACUCUCUGCAGUAACCUCAUCCUACUGGGCUUUUUGGGAUACUCCUGUUACAAAAACGGAUAGUUUAUUUAUUUAUUUAUUUAGCUUCGCCUAACUAGAAUACAAUACAUAAAAAUUAUUAGUCAGGGAGACCACUACAGCCUAACCAAUUACAGUGGAUCCCUCGUUCAUUAAAAAACAAAAAAACAAAACAAAAUAAUCGUUGAAAAAAAAAGAAUAACUAAAGCUACUGAUAUAUAAACAAGAAAAUCCAAAGAAAACAAAACAGAAGUUCAAAUUGCUAGAAGCAGCACCUUGGUGGGCACAGUAGAGUCCUCGCUAUGUUGCACCUGGGACAGAUUGUUCUCCAGAUUCUGAUGUCAUCAACGUUGUACAGGUCCAGCGCCUUAUUGUAAUAUUGAAGUAGUGAACGCUUAAAUGAGGCUAGAGAGAUGUGACUUGUGCGUAACUCAGCAGGCAGAACAUUCCAUGUGCGGCACGUGCGUAUGAAACAUGAGUGUUGAUAAGUAGCAGUAUAGACAUUAUAUUGAUGUUUGUUUACUUAUUUUUAUUUCUGGUAGGAACUGCAUUUCUGUGUUCUGUUCUGGUUGCACCUGUCAAGAAUGAACAAGGAACCACAGUUAUGUACAUUAUCAAUCAUGAAGAUGUGACAUGGUCCCCUAACAAAGAUGAAGUUGCUCUACAAAGUAUGACUUGUUGUUCUUUGUUUAUUCCUUUGUUGUAGAAGUUUGUGUGUUUUAUAAGUAUGUUGUAGUUUCGGAUCAGGAUAUUGUCACAUUCAAGAACACUGAAGUGUAGAAAACUCAACAAGCCUUUUUCUUCAGCAAGCAAGUCGCACGAAGCAUGCUAGUAUGCAUGCGCACAUGUAAGAAACCGCAUACAAGCUAUGACAAAGUAUCGCUAACUAACCCUCAUUUUUGGGUGAACUGUCAGAUAUAUACAUGAUUUGCCUUACAGUUACGUUUAUUUGUUAUGAUAAUGCUUCAGAUUACAUGUUACAUUCUUACAACAACAGAGUGGUGUCAUCAAACUUUACUACUACUUCUACUUCAAAAUCCGAAAAGAAUAUUUAAUCAAAUUGAAUGUCAGAAUAAUGGCUUAUAGUAGUUUUCUGUUAAAUUACCACUUCAAAAUCCGAAAAGAAUAUUUUAUCAAAUUGAAUGUCAGAAUAGUGGCUUAUAGUAGUUUUCUGUUAAAUUACCAUGCUAUUGCUGUUGAGAAGUCUCUGGCUCAAUGGCGAGCAGGAACGAAGAGGAACCCAUCUUGAAAAGCCAGAGAGGCUUUCUCAGGUUAUUUAGGAUAGAAAAAACCCUUAAGAGGCGGCUGCAAUUUCAGACUAAGUACCAUGAUGUUUUAAACUUUACUUUUAACAAAUUUGUCGAAAGAAGUUAGUUCUUACGUGUAGCUAAAGUGAAGUGGCAUGACGCUUGUUUACCUUUCAGGGCCAGUAAAGUCUAGUAUAGGCCACCAAAUCCGUUUUUAAAGUUGUUUUUACCGGUUUUUUUUUAGGUAACUGUUUUUCUAAUCUGCCCUGUAUGUCGUGUUUACGUACACUGCUAACAGGAGACAAGGUUUAGAUAAUCAUAUUAGGGUAGGUCAAAUUUUAAGCAUCGCUUGUUGAGAACGGUUUUGUUGAACACUGGUUAAACUCUUUUCUAAUAACCAGGCCCCGUUUGUUCAAAUGUUGGAUAGCGCUAUCCACCGGAUAAAUCACUAUCCAACGGAUUAAUAUUAGGAAAACCAAUUGCGUGUCCACUGGGUAGCGAUUUAUCUGGUGGAUAGCACUAUCCAACAUUUGAACAACCGGAAAACUGCCACCACAGAACAAAAUCUGUUAUUUUUGUUUGCUUGCCAUGUAGGAUGACUUCGUUUGUUUUCAAAAGAAAUAUUUCCUAAUUGUGAAGAAAACCUUUAUUUUGUCUGAAAACACCUAUGAUAUUACUCACUCGAACUGUUACAAUUUGUAUGUUGAUGAGCAAACUUACAAACAGAUAGUUGAAUACUUGGUCGCGAGGGUGAAUUGGCCAUUUAAAGAUGGGUGAACGGCUGAAAGCAAGCGCUACAGCGCUAAAAACUAGUCUGUUGAUUAUCUCAGCAUUCUAGUCUCUCUGUAAGGUGUCCAAGUUAUCCCAUAAACUCAGUGGAUAAACUCCAAAACCUUUAACAAUUUCGCAACCUUUAUUCAGAAAUUUGUAGUCCUGCAACGGGGUUACCAUCACGCAAAACGCCGAAAUAAAAUGAAAUAAAAUUAAAAGUAAUGACGUUAAAAAAGUUUCUACAAAAGAUAAAACAAAAUGGAUAAACAAAAUUCCUCAGCAUCAAUCAUUAUGCAAUAUUACAAUUCAUCAUUGACUAAAAUACCCAAGUAAUACUUUUUUGAAACGAUCUUUGGUCUCGUCUCACCAAACCUUAGUUUGCUCUCAUCAAACAGCAAGUUGGUGGCGAGAUGGUUUGGGGAGCAGGGCGAGAUGGUUUGGGGUGCGGCGAGGUGGCCGGUACCGAUUGUACCCUGUAAACAGCUGUUAGUGACAAUUGAAUUGUAUUUAAUAUUGGUAUUAUUCUUCGUUUUCGCGCAAAUGAAAUCAAGUAAAGUGACCAAUCCCAGUCCGCAUCGAUUGAAAAUGUGAUUGGAUAUAAAAACACAGCUGCACUGUUACUUCAAACCAAACAUUUCUUUAUGAUUUGCAUAAACCUUGAGACUGUUGCACCCUCGCAAAAGCAGUUUACAUUUUGCUCUAAAGAUUCUUCUUAAACUGAACCAAGUAUUAAUUCGUACCUGUGGUUGAGGAAAGAAUUCUUGGGCAAACACGCUAUUUGUGAGCUAAGAAGGUGAGAAUAAUGACCGAGUUGAUUCUAUUAUAUUCUUUUUCUCGAAUGGUUAAUGUUGGGCAAAAGAUUUCAAUUUUGUUAAUCACUGUAAAUGAUAUAUUGAAUUUUUGGAUUAAAAGAGCAGCUAGGCGCAAGAAAUACUUAAUUCUUUGCUGUUUUUGGUUUACUUAAUGACGGCGCAAUCUUCUUACUGAAAUACAUUUGUGUAACAGCUGAGUCGAUAGACCAUCAUCAGUUUUGUUUCGGUUUCACCUUCAAGAUAUUAUUCGGAAAUUAUUCAUCUAGUCAUGUUUAAGACACAACAUUAUCUAUAUGUUUUUGAUAAUAUUGUUUUUCUUUGUAGCUUAAAAUUGUUGUAUUUAAGGUGGAACUCAGUUUGAAAGCUAUAAAUCGGCUAUAAAUCUGAAAUUCAUUUUAAAGAAACGCUACAACAUUUGACCGAAAAUACAUGGCUGUCAACGACCCUAAACUGACGAGAGUGAAUCCUUAUCUGAUUAAAGGUAGAAAUCGCCGGUGAAGUACGUUGGUUUUUAGUUCUGUUGGGUGUUAAUUUUUCAAGAAUAAAUUCAAUCCUUGUCUUAUCAAUUUAGUUCGAAAGCAAGUCUACCUCGUGUUUCAAACACUGGUUAAAGAAAAAAGGUUUUUAAAGAGGGCGGUAUAUGUUUGUGCAUCUGAACUGUAUUUUUUGUGCGGUGUUUGUGACGUGAAUCUCAAAAGAAAAUAACGGGAAGCAGCCUGUUAAAUUUCAAAAGCUUGUGAUCUUUUUUGUGAUAUAGAAUAGGUUUUACGACAUUUUCUAAUGUUUUCUUCAAUAUGUGCUUUUCAGCGAAGAACUCGUUGUUGUUGUAUUUGGUGCUGUUCCCUUGUGUCUUGUAACUCAAGAACGUUCAUGUAACCACGUAAAACGUCUUUCUGCCAUUGGGUGCUAAAAGGAAGCACAUCUUUUUUUGUGCGGUGUCGCUAUAACUUUUAUUCGGUAGAAUGUAACCAGUUUAGUAAAACUCACGACUCAAUUUCCACCCGAUCUCUGCUGUCACACCCUACACACUUUAAAGUACCAUUUUCUUCUUUCUGAUCAGCCGUGACUCAAUCUGAUUAGUUUUGCCUUCUUGUGCUACAAGGUGGCUGGAACGUUUGUGGAAAUUUUUUAAUUGUCUGUAACUCUGAAAUGCAGUUUUUUUGUUUUGUACCACACGGUUUCUCAUUUAAAACUUUUUUAGGAAGAGUUUUUCAAGGAAAUGAUCGUCAUAUUUCGAACUUAACGCUUUAGGCGUAAUUUUUCCGCAAACUGCGCUAAUAAAGUUGGUUACCACCGGUGUUGCGUACGAUUACAUAUUAUAUAAUAUUAUUAUUAGGAUUUUGUCAAAGCAAACUGCGGUAUGAAAAGUUGUGAUGUAAUCAUAUCGUUUUUAAAACCACAACUUCAAUAACUUAGUAAUCGUGAACUAAUGUUAAGCUGUAUUGGUCGGUCGUCUCGAUCAGGAUUUUAUGACUCGCUCUCCCAGGCCAACAUCCGUACCUUAACAAGUUUUUGAAUAGAAAUGGAAGAUACUCCUCGGCAGAAACGUAAUAGCUGAUCUCCGGUCGGAAAUAUUUAUUUAAGAAUGAAGGAGAGAGACCAACUAUUGUCGUAUUUAUUUAGUUGAGCGUCCUGGGCGCUUAUUAAAGUUUUUGACCGUAAGAAAGAGCGCUUUUUUCGAGGUGAGCGCUUAUUUUCAAGGCUGGUUGCUUAUUAAAUAUUCACCAUUUUCUGCAAGUUUUGAGUUUAUUUUGCUACAAGAUAAUAAAUAAUAACGAAACGCGAUAAUGUACAAAGCAGAAUUUAAACUUUUUUUCCUUAAAGUAAACUCGGCCGAAGUCUCUUAGUAGUACUUACUAGUCAAUUUCCAUGUUUUGAGGUCGGUGAGGUCAUUUUUUUUGGGAGGGAAGGGGGCGCUUGUUCGAGGUUGGGCGCUUAAUGGAAUAAAUACGGUAUCCAUGUUGAGAUCAGUGUCGCCAUUUUUUACCAUCGAUUACAAAAACCAUGCAGUAAAGUCAAAAAUAAAAGUGAGGUCUUAUUACGAACUAUCAAUGGAAAGUGAUCUCAUGGCAUGAUUUGUGACAGCGGCGUGUGGCCACAAAGGGAACGCAUUUAGCGUGAGCUGGCGUGAGUUAAUGUGAAAAGUUAAGGCUAAAUUCUUUGUUUUGCGAGUUUGAAAAAUUAAAGGAAAAUAGAUGUGGUUCGUUACUCCUUAUCUUUUUCUCCUUUUGAAAUUUCCGGGCUCUGUGAAGAGGAACAGAUAGCCUGCGAGGAAGCUCUACAUUUGUGGGAUAUCGUGAAAAGUAGACGCGCGAGAGGAGACGCGAAAGCUGGGGGCGGGGGAAAGACCUUUCCUCGGCCCCUCGCGGCUUCGCGCUCGCUCGCGCGUUCUCGCGCGGCUCGCCUCGCUCGCCCAAAUAGGAGAGCUUGCUCGCAGGCUCAGGAACAGAUGAAAAUGUCAAAUUUAUUGGGGAAGGGACUGCCUUAUUUGUCCUCCCCCCUGGUGCGGUGUGUGUGUUUAUGUGGGGGGUGGGGGUGGUCUUGAUAGUGUAGAAGACCGCUGUAUUCAGCUCAUAAGCGCCUUUCUUUACAGAGAGGUGUAGGGGAUACAAACAAAGGAAAUGAAUAACAUCACCUUGGAAACUUGCUAGCUGAAGUCAGGAACGACAUUUCUAGGUGGAUAUUCGAGCAACGCAGAGUGUUUUUUUUUUUGGAGUACGUUCUUCCUUAGUUAUUUUAAGACCCUGAGUUUUCGGUCCGGCGCCUGGAAUCGAAGCCGCGCGCGGCGUUCCGCUUUUCAAUCCAUCCCCCUCUGUUCCACCUAGCUAAUACCUGCCGCUAUAGCCGCUAUAGUGUAACUUGUCUUAUGCGAUAAAAUGCCUGCCAGGUCUUAACAAAGCUGGAAAUGCUCAUAUUAAUUUUUACAGCGAGUUAACUAAUGACAAAGGUUACGUUAUUUAACUUUCUUUUUAAAAAAUUAACUUUCACCGGCAUUUAUUUUCUAGCGAUCACCAGCUGACCAAAUCAUCUGAGGUCUCUAGGUAUGAAAUCGUAAGCAAAGAGGAUAUUCUUCAAUUGGAGGGCAUCUUUAUACUAAACUAUCGCCUGCACAGGAAAAAAACUCGGACACAUACUUUUCAGCAGAACGUACGUUUCUGACGUAAUAUUGAAGCCAUGUUUGUUUUUUUCCUUUUGAAAAGAUUAUAAAUUUCCAUCACGCGCUCAAACUACUCUGUUGACAGCUGAAACCCUCAAUUUCCGUUAAUUCUGCCCCGAGCUUAUUCUGGUUUUUGUGUUCGUUAAUAUUCUUCUCGGCUUCUGCCACGUGUUAUUUUUCGUAAGUGAAAUGAUUGUGGCUUGUUAAGUGCAUGUAACUCGACAGGAACAGAAAAAAAUUUGCAUUACCUCUUUGAAAAGUGCACUUAGGUUUGUUUUUAUGGCGACUGAAAAAUGACUAGGGAUUUUACUGUAUUUUUCACUGAAAACUAAUUUCUAGGUAGGUACAUCUUAUUUUUUUUUGUUUAAAUUCAAGCUUGAGGAAUAUUGGCGCUUGUAGAUAGGAAUGAUACCUAUAAUUUUCUAAUUUUCAGAAUUUGUAUUUCUCCAUUGCAAAUAGGAAAGUCAAUGUUGUGUCGCAAAAAGUUGUUAAUAUUUUAUCGUAGUAAAUAACAUCAAUUGUCGUAUGAUGUUGUCGGAUGUAUAUUGCGGCGUAUCGACUUCCUUCUGCUGUCUUUGUCGCUUGAAGGGACGAAACUUAAUUGUUUGUAGAUGGACGUUUCUACCGCACUUUGACGUCUUCUUUGACCCGUAUAUAGCGAACAAACUGACACUCGUAAAAAAGAAACAAUUGUUCCUUACAGUAAUGGAGAGGAAAAAAUACUUACGAUGCGUUGGACUGUGUUUAUGUACAUUCAAUUUUUUCAAAUAAUUUCUGCAUUUGCCACUUAAACAAAACUCCCUCCUCUCACCGAGCUUUUCCCGUAAAGGCUCUGUCUCUGUAUGUAUACAUAACAUGAAUAUCGAUACCUUUCGUUCCCUCGGCUCCCGAAUGAUUAAAUCCGUGGAUGGUGGUCAUAUUGGGUAAACAAGGAAAUGCAACAACAACAACAACAUCCUUUAUUAUUACAUCCAAAUAGAGAAUUUUACAUGUUUUGAUAGCUAAUGAAAGGAAAAGAGGAAAUUGUUACGUAAAAUUAUUCAUUAUGAUAACAAAGAUGUCUAGGAGCUAAAUGAACAUACGUUUCGUGCUAGCGUCUAGCUAUAAAAUUAUAUUUUUUUACACAGUGCCGUGAGAGGUAAAAUAGUAGCAAAACACACAACAACAAAAAGAGAAGAAGUCAGUAAAAAAAAAACACACACAUUAUACACUAUAUGGAGAUUGAAAAGAACGAAUAUGGUCAUUUUUCAAAUUGUCUAAUCAGUAGAUGUUGUUUUAGUAAGAGUGGGAAGGAGUAAUUUGGGAGGUCUUUCAAAAUAAGGGGAAAAUCUUUCCAGAGGUCAACAGCUAUGGUUUGGAUUGAUUGUUUUACAAUAUUCGUUCUUGUGCGUCAUUUUUUUUCUCUCUUACUCUAAUGAAGCCUCCGUAUUUGAAAAAUUGUCAAGGUAAGUGUUGUGGUGGUUGUGAAGUAAGCCAGCUUUAACCCUACUACCAGUAUAUUGGCUUAAAGUUUGAGCAAGGCUUUAUUGUUGUUUUUAACUAACUCGUAUCAUAUUUGCAGGUCUCCUGUGACGUCUCGCAAUUAUGUCAUUUUUGCUUUUCCACUGCUCGUAAUCCCUCAGGAUUGUCUUGCAGGCAAGCAUUUAACGUGCGCAUUUGCCUCGCUCGCUCGCUCGCACGUUUCAUGCCUGUUCGAGCGACAAUCCUGAGGCGGCUGGUAGCAGUCUAUUUUGCUAAACAGGGGUGGUUUCUUUCCAUUUCUUUGUAGAAUCAUGUUUCCAGUUUCCUUUACAAGUGAAUAGAAUACCAGCGGUUAUCAACCGGAAACGUCGAAAAGCAGAGUUAAGCGCAGGCGCAACAGAUGAGGACGGGGAGGACAGUGAAAGCGCCAGAAUCAGCCGAGAUCCUGAAACUCUUUUCACCGUCACAUCCAGCGGAAACAGUCAGAUAGAAUCACCUUCCGGUGUUCCGGUCAUGAGCGUUCUUCCUCCCACUCCUGGGUCUAGCCCACCGCCAUUGUCCCCAACCCCAGGGAAUUGCACUUCCCCCGCCACCACCCCUGACAAGUCAUUCACUCGGAAAACGCCACAGGUGAAGCCUUCUUCUAUGAUUGACGUGUCCAAGAUUCCAAUAGAUGCUAUUGAAGAGUCAGAAUCGCUUCUGAAACCGAUAACUUCCAACUCCUCGAGAACUUCUACGCCCGGGAAUAUGCUUUAUAUCCCUGAGUUAAAAGGCCGCCUAACUUCUGCCGUAUCAGACUCCUCGCUGUGGAAUUCUCGGAAUAAGCCGUGGCUGGGUUCAACAAGCCCGGACUUCAGGGGAUCAACAUUUCUUGGAUCACCUGGAAUGAACAUGCAACAAUUUGCUCAGCCAAGAAAAUCGGAGAAAGUCGCUCAGGUAUCAGUUUUCAUUGCGUUGUGCUUUCGUUUGUUGUUGGUUGCCUUUUGUACUUGAUGAAUAUUUGAAUGCUGUUUUUUGUUAUUUCUAACCACUUCAUCCUUAGUCUCAUAAAGUCACUUUAUUCAUUCUAAUGCUUUUUGGUACAUCUGUUACACGGUUAGUCGUUCGCAUCUGAGCAGACCCUACUCGCCAUAGACCCUCCAGUAGCUCAGUGGCUAGAGCAUCUGAACAAGAUCUCGUAGGGUCGUGAGUUCGAUUCUCACGUGGUGCUAAUAGUUUUUUCUGAGCUUUCUGGUAUUAGAUUUCUCUUUCUUCCACAAGGCUCGCACAGUCUUGAAAAGUUCUUGAGUUUUAGGAGAGGUCAUUGAAAAGUCGUUGAAUUCCAUUUUCCCCUAAAAAGUUUUAAAAUUUUUGUGGAAGUCCUUGAAAAGUCCUUGAAUUUUCUUCAACUUUGAGUGUGGUGGCCAGGAAAGUGUCUUUUGAUGCUUUUUGGUUGUCCAAGACAGAAUAUAAAUCAUAGCUCAGAGAAUUUAACGGUUAUUCACAUAAAGCGCUCUAUGUUUUAUGCAAUAGUUAACUCAAGUCAAGUCAAGUCAACUUCCCUUAGGCAGGGUAGCCCUAUCAGCCAUUGCCUGGUAUCAAAAGGGGACCUGCGUAAAUUAUGACUACAUGUUAGGAAUUUAAAAAGAAAAAGUACUUUAAAUUAUGUACAAGGAUUUUUAAAAGUGCCUAAAAGGGAAAUUACAUAUCAUCAUAAUUUGUUUAAGGUCAAGAAAAUUAAGAGAGCUAUCGAAGUUACCUGAGAAUUAUAUUAAUAAGAAACAACUAAUCGCUAACAUGAAAUGUAAGAAAGUUGUUAAAAAGGGAAAGCAACGUAGCUUCUUUUAUUGAUGUGGGUAAAUUUUUAAAAAGAACCGCACCUGAAAAUCUAAAAGUAUAGAUGUCUUUAAAAAAAUAGAUGUCUUUGAUAAAUUCAAAAGAUAAAAAACAUAUCUCAAGUUACAAGUUACAAGUUAAACAUAUAAAAAAAGUUAAGAGCUCCUAGAACAAUUAUACAUCUAUUUACAUCAAGGAAUUAAUAUCAGCCAAAGAUAAGUCUAUUCAUAUAGGAUGAUUUGAAGCACUCUGUUGCCACUAUAGGAUGAUAAAAGCAUGGUUUUCUUAGCGCGUGACUGGUGAAAUUCCUUUCUGGUAAAAUCUUCACAAGGGGCGAAUUUGUUUUCAAUGCCUUUCUGAAAAUACGGCAAUCUGACCUUUCAAGCAGCUCCCUUACAUUCAAUUUCCUCGAUAUACACCUGCGUUUUACUUCAUAGCACCUAUCUAAAAAUGCUGUACGUUGUUAAGAUCAGAAGAGGAGGCUCCUAGCUUUAACUUAGAGUUCGCUAGAUGAAUGUCGCUGCUUUGUCUGGUCUAGUAAGUGUGAAUAGUGCGAUUUCUAGGACAAAUGAACGAAACAAUGUAGAGAAAUUGGUGAAGCAAACACAGUUUGGGCCUUAAAUUCUUGUAAGAACAGGCUGGGAACUUGCAUUCCUGUACAAUCUGUGAAAUUAUGUUACUGGUAGGUGGUCCUUGAAUAUCGAAUGUAGUCCUUGAAAAGUCCUUGAAAAAUGGUUGCAUUUUUUGUGUCCUGUUCCAAAUAAAUUGGUUGUCGCAAACUACUAACGGCAACUCCUUUUAGACUGAGGCACCUAAAUAUUGUGGUCCCUCUCAUGUUUGUAGGUAAUGUCCCUUGGUGCUGAUGUCCUCCCAGAGUACAAGCUACAAGCCCCUAAAAUCCAUCCGUGGACAAUCCUGCACUACUCGCCCUUCAAAGCAUUCUGGGACUGGUUAAUCUUGUUUCUUGUUAUCUACACUGCAAUUGUGACGCCAUACGUUGCGUCAUUCAUUCUUACGCGUGAUAAGCUACAAGAAGAGCUUAACAAAAACCCGGAGACACGCAGGGACACAGGACCUGUGAACGUUUAUUCAGAUCCCCUGGUGAUAGUGGACUACAUUGUGGAUGUAAUGUUUAUUGUCGACAUUUUUAUCAACUUUCGAACAACAUUUGUUGACAAGAAUGACGAGGUUGUUAGUCACCCGUGCCGUAUCGCCGUGCAUUAUUGUAAGACAUGGUUUAUUAUAGACUUGGUAGCGGCUGUUCCUUUUGAGCUGCUGAUUAUGAUUGGAAACACGGACGAGGUAGGUGCAAAUAUCAAUUUUUUUAGAUUUAAGAGUGAGGUUCGUGACACGCUAAUCACUAAUCACCAUGGUGAUACAAAUAGUCCCACUCAGUAAAUCAGUGUGCGGCCUUCUGUGCGAGAGGUCCAGAGUUCCAUUCCCAGUUGACGUUAAAUCCCUGAUUCGACUCCUUUUCUUUCCGUGUAGCUAUAAGUAGUUUUAAAUACGCGUAAAUCUGAGCGCUGAUGGGGAGGGGGUGGGGGGGGGGGGGUUUGGGAGGAGGAGGGGGGGUAAAUGAGCGCACCAUCAGCGUGCCUCAGGUUGGUUAGUCAGAUGAUGACUUUUUUGAGCUACCGACGUAAAAUAGGAACCCUGUUUCCUUUGUUUUUUUUCGGAAGAGCUGCAGGUGUUGACGUGUCGAUUUUGAUUCAUAAUUUCUUGUGUUUUAAUCGCUAAUCCAGCCGGUCCACGCGAUCUGCAUCAAAUUGUAACAGUUAAUUCAAUGCUGUAGUUUAUUUUUAUUGUUUUGUCACUUUCUUGAUACGUUUAUGGUAAGAAUUCAUUCAAAAGAGCAUGGCAGCCUAUGAAGGUGGCAGCUAUAUGAAAUCAGAAAAACAAACCAGCCGCAGCUCGGGGCUUUAUUUCGGAUAACUAAGUUGCUGUAAUUCACAAAAUUUUAAGAACAGUUCCUCCCGUGAUCUUGUAUUUGGUAGUGAUUGUUAUGAUUGUCUUUGGAACUCACUGGACAGUGAAUUAAAACUAAGCAAAGAUGUUUUAAGCUUCAAACGAAAGCUCAGAAGUAAGCUACUUUGCUCGGCAUAGAACUUUAUAAACGAUGUUUCUUGUAUUUUAUGUAUUAUCGUGUAUAGUGAUUAAUUUUUAGCUCUUAGAUAGUUUUAACAAUCAAUUUUUUAUCUAUUUACGACACUCAGUUUUGUUGAUAAUUUGUAAUUAUCUUUGAAAAGCCUUGUUUAAGGAAAGAUAAUUAAGGAUGUAUGUACAAGGCUUUUUUGAGUUUGUCACUUAGUCAGGAUGUUGCUCGCUGUUGAUGUAGCCCCAGAUAUGCUAGUUGGCAUAAUAGAGAGUUUUAGAUUCGAGUUUACCGCGAACCUCUAACCGCUGGAGGUCACGUGACAAGUCUUUCGCGUCACGUUUGAGAUUUACGACGUGCGUUUUCAACGUGGGGAGGUAGGUUUUCACGUAUGUCAUUUACCUAAAAGCUGUUAGUGUAUAAUUCCUGUUUUAUCCCACGUAAUGAUACAAAAAUCUUGUGGAGCAAGUCUUAUCCAUUAGCAGAGGCGCAAAUUCGGACGAAAUGGCUAAAUUUUAUAAAUCCUAUUGGAUCUUGAAAACAAGUGCCAUUCAUGGCUGCUGAUUCAAAAUGGCGGCCGUAAUCUAAUCCAUCGCCAAUCUAAAUCGAAUUAUGUUUGAACGUCGAACCGCAAACGGGUAAACGCAAACCGCGGUUAGAGGUUCGCGGUAAACUCGGAUCUAAAACUCUCUAAUAAGAAAUUUGCCGCGGACUGCAGCAUCUAUUUAUCUCUUUAGCACUGGUUGACUUGAAAGCAAAACACUUCUGACAAGAUUUUCUUUAUCAUUCACAGACCACAACCCUGAUAGGUCUACUGAAGACAGCGCGGCUAUUAAGACUGGUUCGAGUAGCGCGCAAACUGGAUCAUUACUCUGAGUAUGGCACAGCAGUUUUAUUACUCCUCAUGUGCUCAUUUGCUCUGCUUGCCCAUUGGCUGGCAUGUAUUUGGUACUUCAUUGGUAGCAUUGAACAUAAAGACACUGACCUGAAAACCAUAGGCUGGUUGGAUUCAUUGGGUAAACAGAUUAAUCAGCCAUACAACAAGAGUGAUUUAAAAAGUGGUCCUGAUCUUAAGUCCAAGUAUGUCACAGCUUUGUACUUCACUCUUAGUAGUUUGACAAGUGUGGGGUUUGGUAACGUGUCUCCUAACACCAACGCGGAGAAGAUCUUUUCCAUUUGUGUCAUGCUGAUCGGAUGUAAGUAUUAAACAGCUUUUAUUAGCUAUACUCAGUAAGUUGUUCUUCCCCCGCUUAAGGUGUAUCUAGCGACGUCGCAGCAUGAUUUGGUCCUAAAUAUUGAGCGUGAUUACUUUUAUGAGUAUUUUACGGUCAUGGCUCUUGUCAAUGCGAGAGGCGACGUCUUCGAAGGUCCUAGGCCCGGCUGCAUAAGGCAACUUUUCAAUAAGUACGAAUUUUCUGCAGCACCGAUGGUUCCGGAGAACUUUCUUGCACGGCAUCCCAGCUUACUGGAUGUAGGCAUACUAACGCGUGUAGGGAACAUAAAUUGAGCACUUAUGAAUCCUCUCCUCUCAUCAAAAAAUGUUAUUGGCGGCACAAAAAGCUUUAGAAACUCUGAAAACUGUUUUUUUUUUUUGCUGCUGGGGUGUCUUUUGGGAUCGUUAAGGUAAUCAAUCUGAAAUAUGACCUACCUUUCAUAACAAACGUUCGUUACCCAAGCAAUCCCAGAAAUCCUCAUGCAAAUGUCAACCUCUCUUAAGUAUGUACAUACGGGAACCAAAGUGCCACGUGUCAAUUUCCCCCGCUUUAACCACACCUAUUCAUCAGCCUUCUCUCUGUUCUCUAUUUUCAGCACUUUUUUACGCUGCUAUAUUUGGUAAUGUAGCUGCCAUCAUAGCGAGGCUGUACUCUACUACGUCUCGUUAUCAUGCACAAAUGCAGAAGGUUCGAGAAUUCAUCCGGUUCUACCAGAUUCCAAGUCCCCUGCGGCAUCGAGUCGAGGACUACGCCCACCACGUGUGGUCUUACACUAAUGGGAUAGACAUGGAGCAGGUCCGUAUUACGAUUAUAGUGGAUCAUUUUCCUUUUCCCCCCCUUUUUUCUUUGUGAGGUUAGCAGUGUUUCGUGGGCGCGCAGGCAUGGAAUGAUAGCUUGAUAAAGAGGCCCCAGGUAGUUUUUACCCUAGCCUGGGAAAACAGCCGUUUGUCUUCGCUCCUCGCCGCUUGGGACGUUUCUCCAGGAGAGACGUCUGCGCCUUAGCGACAGAAAUUCCAUACUGAUGACGUAAAUCAAUGUUCACGUACAAUGAAUCCGGUAGUCAUGGGGUUCCAAAUGCAAAUUUGUUCGAUUUUAUGCUUCUCCUGGUCGAUUUUGGUAAAGUUUUGUGUUCAUCCGCGAACGAGCUCCAGCAACUGACUCAAGUACUUCUUCUAGAGAAGAAUAUAUUCCACGAAUAUCGACUGUUUUGUUAUAGAUUCGUCGCUUUUACAUUUGACGUUUGUGGCCUUUUGUCUAUCAUUCGUAAACAAUAGCUAAAACAAUAUAACUAAUACGUCGACCAAUCAGAGCUCCUGAUUAGAUUCCGGACAGAUUUUACGUCAUCAGAAUAGACAUUUAUGUCGCUGAGGUGUAGACGUCUCUCCUAGCGAAACGUCCCAAGCAGUGAGGAAAGAGGAGAAACGGCUGUUUUCGCAGGCUAUUUUUACUCGUGUUGGUUACUUGGUCGCCUGCGACUAGAGGAGCCGUAAUCCUAAUCUCCAGGCCCCAGUUCCUGAAAGGUCGAUUAGCGCUAAUCCAAGAUUAAAAAAUUUGUUCCAUUUUUUUAUUUUCCUUCCUAUGCAUCCGGAUCCCUAGAUUUAAAUUCUAUGUUAUCAUCACUGAAUCUCGGAGUAAAGACACAAAAGUAUUUUGUAAGCUCGAGUAACAUGUUCUUAGACAAGAAAACCGUGCUUAAAAUUUGGCUUAAUCCUGGAUUAAACUUAGCCAUCUUUCGAGGAACCGGGCCCAGCUCAGGUUGCUAUGUAUGCGCGGCACGUAUGUAGCAAGUAUUCAUGCGCCUCACUUAAUUCUCUUUAUAUUUACCCGUAGUUGAAAUAAGCGCCGCGACGCGUAAUCGAUCAUUUGCAGUAAGUAAAACUACUCUGGAGGGAUAAGAUCAUCGGAGCAUUAUUUUUGCUUAAGAUUAAACCUAUAGUAAAUACCUUGUAUAGAAAGCAGGCCCUGACGUCUUCAGUCGUGUUGGUUCGCUAGUCCUUGUUAACAGGGAGGGCAGCCUUUUUUGGGCUUUUGUCAUGUCGCUAGCGCUUCUGUCACUGUAACCGCUGUUCGUGUGAUUGCAGGUUCUUAAACAUUUUCCUGAGUGUCUUCAGGCGGACAUUUGUCUUCAUCUCAACUCCACCCUCCUACAGUCUUACCCAGCGUUCACCUCGGCACCGCAUGGCUGCCUUCGUGCACUUGCUUUACGCAUCAAAACCACGCACCUCCCCCCUGGGGAUUAUAUUAUAUACCAGGGUGAUGAAGUAAAUCAUUUGUAUUUUGUCAUCAGAGGAACCGUGGAAGCGCUAAGUGGUGAAGUGAUAAUGGCUAUCUUGGGUAAGACAGGGAACAUAUCUAUUGAAUGUAAAUUUACUUCAACUGAAACUGUCACUCCUAUUUGUUUGUUUGUCUGUUUCUUUAUUUUUUAAUCAAUUCUCGGGAGUGUAACUGUCUCGUUCACUUCACGUUAUUGUACUAUUAUUACAGUAAUGAUUUCUGUAUUCUAAGACUAUAUACUUAUUUGAGUGACCUUUUCAAUCGUCACUCCUUUAUUGACAGCAGUCACAGGGGUAAAGUUUCAAAUCUAAGCAAGGACCUUUAAACGAAGGUUGUUGUUUAAAUGUGUAACUAAGGUUUCAUUCUUUCUCCAUAUGCUGAAGAAGUUCUCUGUGUUUGAAAACAGAGGCUGCACACUUGUCAGUGCCACUGAAUUUUGGAAAUCUUGUUUGCGUGUUAAAACGUCACACAAAACAGAGACACAUUUGGGCAUGCUCAAUUGAUGUCUUACGUACCCUUACCCAGGUCUCCAUUUUGCUGUGAAGGAAAAUUCCCAUGAGAAAGGAGAAAAAAAUCACUGCGAGGCCGCUGAACCGCGUUGUUGUCCCUCACUCCUUUCCCUUAAAUAAUUAGAUUCUUUUAAAAUUUUUAUUUCAAGGCAAGGGAGACUCGUUUGGCGAAAACUUUGCGAUUGAUCCCAGCAGACCCGUGGUCAACUCUCGUGCAAGCAUCCGGGCAUUAACGUACUGUGAGCUGCGCAUGAUUUCACGUGAGGAUACGCUGCACAUAUUAAAACAGUACCCAUUGUUCAGAGAGAACUUCAUUAAGGAUUUGGAGGUCACAUACAACUUACGUGGAGAUGACACGGAAAAGGUUAGUCUCGCCUGUGGUAAAAGGAUUAACCCUCUUCAAACAGCUGCCAUACAGUAAAGUCAACUUUAUUUAAGCAGGGUAGUCCUAUCAGCCAUCGGCUGGUAUCAAAAGGGGCCCUGCGUAAAUUAUGAAUACACGAUCAAAAAAUAAUAAUCAAUUUAACAAAAUAGUAAUUAUGUUAAAAAAAUUAUUUACAAGGACUUUAAAAAGUAAAUGAAAGGAAAAUUACACAGUAUCUUCACAAGAAUCACAAUUUUUUUUAAGAUUAAAACGAAUAAGAGAGCUACGUAAAUUACGUAAGUACGCUAGUAAGAGAAACUAAUGGCUUAAAUGAAGUCUAAGAAGGUUCUUAUGGAAAGCGAUGUAGCUUCUUUUGUAGAUGUAGGUAAAUUAUUAAAAAGAACCGCACCUGAAUAUCCAAACGUGUUUUUUUUCCGAUCGUUAACUUAAGGUUCGGUCGGUGAAUGUCAUUCCCUUGUGAAUGGUGAGAUUCCUAUUAAAAUAAUCCGAUAAAUAUGGACAAGAGAGGCUCUCUUGAUAAGGAGAAAGUUAUUCACGUAGACAUUUUAAAAACUAAAAUGCAUUUGUGGGCGCAGUGGAAUCAGCAUUCCACCAGACAGCAUUCAAAGACUGUUAAGUAAAAUAUUCAACAGACUCUAGAAUAUUAUAGGUACCUAUUUUGAUUUUUUUUUUCCACAGGAAUUUCUCUUUUCCAAAAAUGAAAGGCACAACUGUUUCUCAAAAGUUCAACCUGACAUGGCGGAGAAGUGUUCAUUGUCUUCAAGCGAUUCUUGCUCAUCGAGACAAGAACCUGCAAAUGUACGCAGUUCAAACGGCCCUGCAACUAAAGUACCUUUGAGAGCAGAAGCCGGGGGUGGAUGGACAAAUAGACCAACAACUUUAAAUAUACCUAAUCACCUGGGUGUAGAAAAGGACUCUUCGAAAUAUGAAAAUCCGUAUAGAGAACGUCACUCUAAGUCUUGUAUUACUGAACGAGAUAAACUAAAACAUUCCAACCGCAGCAGAGACGCUGAAGAAUCGUUUGCUUCUAAAAAUGUUGCCAACGCCUCAGCUUGUUCAAGUGGGGCAAAUGAACAAGAAAAGGAAAGAUAUGAACAGUCUGUGUGCAAAGACUGUUGUAAAUCUUUUAGUGUCAUGGAAGCUAAACUAGAGAACUUAUCCACUUGUUUAGAAAAACUUGAAACCAAACUGUCUGCCGACAUCGAGGCAAUGUUUGCUCUUUUGAGGACUCGUAAAGAUCAAGCAGACUUCCAAACACAAGUUUAAAGUAAGAGUUAAGACUGAAUCAGAAAAUUAUGUUAUUUAUGUGCGGUCCAAUAAGACACUACUGGUUUUUGGUUGCUGUUGGUGUUAUUAAACAGUUUAAGCUUCACGUAUACUGCAAACGUCAAACGUCAGAUUCAAGUUGAGUAUUUCUCAAAAUAGAAAAUGAUCAGAUAAAAACAGCUCAAAAUAAUUCUUUAAUAUGGACAAAAAAUUGCGUGA